UCCCUCUGCACAUUGCAGCUUCACUUGCCUGUGACUGCCUCUGCCGUGCCAUGGCUCUAUCACUCCUUCUACUCAUCGUGCUGGCAGCAGCCGAUGGCUUUCGAAUUUCCAACCUGUUCCAGAAGCAGUCGGAUAAUAUUCUGGCAGUGCAGUGGCCUCCAAACGUCUGUCAGGUUAAAAAAUGGAGCGGCCCAGGUUGUGCCUUUGAUUACUGGACCAUCCACGGCUGGUGGCCCCCUAGGUCUGCCAAAAAGAAGGUGGGAAAUUUCAGCCUGACUAAAAUAAAGGAUCUCAAACGCAAGAUGGAGAAAUUUUGGCCACAACUAAAUGGCAAAAGCAAUCAGAAUUUCUGGAAAUAUGAGUGGGAUAAACACGGAAAGACUGCGGGCUUAGCAGUACAUGACUACUUCGAGAAAGCACUGGGCUACUUCAACAAAGUUCUCGGAAACUGCACUAACCCUAAGGAAAUUUCAAGUUGCUUAAGAGAAAAAGGAGAAGUAAAGGAAUAUCAAUUAGUCAAGGAAACCCCCGGAGGUUGUGACAAAGUGAGUAUCUUCUCCUGA